CCCCGCUCCGCCCUUCCCUUCCCCUGGCUCUGCCUGAACGGGGGCUGUUUGGGCCUCAACGCCGCGGCGGAGCUCUCGCGGCCGGUGGUCGGCUGAGCGGUGACGGUGAGGGAACGAAGGCGGCGGCUGCGGCUCCCCCUAGGGGAAGCGGGGCGGCCGGGGGACCGGCCCGGAUGGCGGAAGGCAUCCCGCACCAGCAGCUUGUGCCCGGCGUCGGCGUCCCAGCCCCUCGAGGGGUCAAGCGGGAGCCCGAGCUGGAACAGCCCAUGCCCGGCGGAGACGGAGCCGAGAGCGGGCAGAACAAGAGGUUGCGGACCGAGGCGGAGGCGGACGGGAGCGGCAUGCAGAAUGAACCUCUGACUUCCAGUUAUCAUGGUUACCAAGCAAGAGACAGUCAGGGUAACCAGGAGCCAACAGCCACUCCUGACACAAUGGUUCAGCCAUUCACUACAAUUCCAUUCCCACCUCCCCCACAGAAUGGGAUCCCCACAGAGUAUGGGGUACCCCACUCUCAGGACUAUGCAGGCCAGACCAGCGAGCACAAUCUGACAAUCUACGGGAGUACACAGGCACAUGGAGAACAGAAUGCAAAUACAGCCACCACACAAAAUGGAUCUCUUACGCAGACAGAAGGAGGGGCACAGACAGACGGCCAGCAGUCACAGACACAAAGCAGCGAGAAUACCGAGAGCAAAUCAACUCCCAAACGGCUGCAUGUCUCCAACAUUCCCUUCCGCUUUCGAGAUCCUGACCUCCGACAGUUAUUUGGGCAAUUUGGCAAAAUCCUUGAUGUAGAGAUAAUCUUCAAUGAACGUGGUUCUAAGGGAUUCGGGUUCGUAACUUUCGAGAAUAGUGCUGAUGCAGACAGGGCCAGGGAGAAAUUACACGGCACCGUGGUUGAGGGCCGUAAAAUCGAGGUUAAUAACGCCACUGCACGAGUGAUGACAAAUAAGAAAAUGGUCACACCAUAUGCAAAUGGUUGGAAGCUGAGCCCCGUGGUUGGAGCGGUCUAUGGUCCUGAAUUAUAUGCAGCAUCCAGUUUUCAAGCAGAUGUCUCGCUGGGCAAUGACGCUGCAGUGCCCCUGUCAGGAAGGGGGGGUAUUAACACUUACAUUCCUUUAAUCAUUCCUGGCUUCCCUUAUCCAACUGCAGCCACCACAGCAGCCGCAUUCAGGGGAGCCCAUCUGAGGGGCCGAGGACGGACAGUGUAUGGUGCAGUGCGGGCAGUACCUCCGACAGCCAUCCCAGCUUACCCAGGAAUAGUCUUACAGGAACCAAUCAUUAGCGCUAAAAUACCUCAGGGUGGAUAUGCAGCAUACAGAUAUGCACAGCCUGCUACCGCAACAGCAGCCACUGCUGCUGCAGCCGCUGCAGCGGCUUACAGCGAUGGUUAUGGCAGAGUGUACACAGCAGACCCUUACCAUGCCCUUGCCCCUGCUGCUAGCUAUGGAGUUGGCGCUGUGGCAAGUUUAUACCGAGGUGGCUACAGCCGAUUUGCCCCUUACUGAAGUGACGUGAGCCCCCCUGCAAGUGGGACAGACCCCCAGUUCGUGAGGCCUGGCUAUUGCAAUAUUUACUAGUAGAGGAACUCUAUAGCAAGAAGAGGAGGAAAACAAAAGAAAAAAAAAACACAAGAGAAAUACUUUUUUAUACCUCACUAUGUUCUUUGAAUAUGUAUUUUUUUUUCCUUUAAAUUUCUGCCUUUAAUUCUUUUGUUCCAAAGAUUGUGCAUUUUGGGGUUUUUUUUGGUGUUUUUUUUAACUGUGGUAAACAAUGCAUUUCCAUGUCUGUAUAUGCGUAGCUUAUCCUACCAAUCAGAAAAGAGAUAAACAGUGCUGAGGAGCACCAUUAGGAACCAGUAUCAUGGAAUUAAAUCAGGAACCUGCAGGCAUUUAUUUGACCUGGGACUGAUGCCUGCGUGAUACAAGAGGAAGCACCCCUCUCCCUGUGGAGAGCCAUGCUAAAUGGCUGCAGCUGGAACCUGCACGCUGGUUGGAAACAUGCAUGUCCCCUCCUCAUUUUAUUGCCACCUGGCAAACGAGGGCUCAGGACAGUUCUAGAAGCAUCAAGAUAUUACUGUUUUCAAGACAAUGCUCCUCGAUGCUGCCCAAAGACUUUGUCUGUUAAUGGUUUUAGAGGACAAGACUUGAAUAUGUGAUCUUAUUGCUUCAAUACACCUUAUUUUAGUAAUUGUUAUCCACCACCAAGUUUCUUUCUUAGUUUUUUUCACUUGCUAUGGUCUUCCUCUCUUCCCGCCUUCUCCCUCUUUUCUUUGCUGGAGGAGCAGCAGAUGUGGGACAAUGACUACAGAACCUAAAGCCAUGAUGGAGAGAGAUCUGUUGGAGACAGGAUCUGAUGACAGAGUUGUGACAUGCUCUGAACAACAGUGGGAAAACUUUGCUCCAGUGCCACUCUGAGCUAUUGAGAUCUCCCAGUGUUCAAGACUCUCUUUUUCACCUUGAGAUCAUUAGCUUUGCUCAAAAUCUGCCACUGUAAAAAUGCAUGAAAAGAGAAACUUGUGUCCUGAUUCGUGAUACCAGAAAAGUGAUGGAGGCGGUAGAGAGGAUUUCUGUGUGAUAACACUAUUCUGGAAGUCAUCCUAGUAUAGCUUUGGCUUCCAGAGGGCAGGCAGAAAUGUAUUCUGAAACACAGUUUAAGAACAGAAAACACUUUCUCCUUGAUGUGCAACACAGAACCUUUAUUUGGUUGUCUGUUGCCCUUCUGGAGGGGAAUCCGUAUCCAGACUUCUCAGCUUCGGUGCGUACUUCAAAUUGUGAGCUGAGAGGCGCUCCAGGAGGACUCCUAUGUUCCAAGAUUGUUCCCUUGCAUUUUUUAAAAAUCAUAUAUGGAAUGCCCUUUAUUUUAUGCAAUUGGGUGUCUUGUAAGUUGCUACAGAAGCAUGCAUGUGACAACACACAAGCCACCGCUCUCAAGUAUCUGCAGCUAAUUUUGGAAAUCAACUAACAGAAGAGAUCUUGCAUUAGCCUCUCAGCUUCCAUGAGUCUCUCGGCACUUCUUGCAGAUUCUCUGCAGCAUUACCUUUAAAACCCUACAAGUUAAGAAAAGCACAAUUCCCUUUGACUCCUUAGCCUGCCUAAAUUGGUACUAAAUUGGAAGGGCGGCUAAGGGGGUGGACUUGCAGAUGAAGCCUUCACAGCUCCUGUCAUCAUUUGCCUGCCGUUCAUGUCAAUAUAGGAAGGGAGACAUCCUGAAAUACUUCAGUGAACAGAGUUGCUGAGGAGGAGCUCAAUGGCCCAACCUCAGACAGCUGCCUUUUUUCCUCUUUCUCAUAUUGUGCCCUCUCCACUGCUUGUCAUAGAGCACCGAGGAUGUUAGAGAGAAUACCUGAAGCAGGAAGGCAGGGGAGAUGUUAAUUACGAUCAAGACUCUAACUCUGUUGGUUUUCUGGAACAUGGUAACACCAAACUGCCAGCCUGUUGGCCAUUUUUUGUUUCUCUUGUUUUUCAAGCCAAAGUUUGGUUUGUUGCUGUUAUGACAAUUUCUGUCGGUGGUUUCUUUGUUUCUGUUUGUUUGUUUGUUUGUUUGCUUGUUUUUGAUAUAUAAAUAUUUUAGUUAGUUUGAAAAUGGGGGAGAGGGGAAUGGGGGUGUCCAGGCUUUCACGCAAAUCAAGGAAAUGAAGAAGGAACAAUUUUUCUGGCCUGCACAAAUGUUGUAGUGCCAUGUUCACCAGGUAGCCAUUUUCCUUAGAAGGCAGGUGAGGACAGAACUGGAUUUGAUUCCUGCCUGGGGAAUGAAAUACAGGAAAGGCUUCUAAACUGAGUUAGCUACUGUGUGAGAGGAGGAGCGUUCUGUUAAAAUUAUGGAAAAAGAUGGUGCUUGCAUAGCUCUACCACCAUUGCUGAGUCAGCUGGGUGUCUUAUAUUGAAAAUAUCAAAGACUGCGGAUACCAGAGGAUGUUCUGGAAUGUAUAAUCCUUCUGUUAAGUGCUAGGCCAAAAAGAGUCAGUAGCACAUCUCUUACAAAAUAGUUUCAGGUAUGAGAAUUGGCCACCCUGGUUCUCCCUUUAAACUGCAUCACCAGCUUGCAGGGUGACUUUACCUUAGGCACUUUCCCCCUCCCUGUUUUCAUAUCUGUACAAUUGGGAGAAUAAAGCAUCCUUACUUUUGUGAAAUAGUAAGAUACAUAGUGAAGAAAAACACUACUAUUGUCUCUCCCAGUUAGUAACCAACAAGCCAAUGUUGUGUUGUAACUGUUUUUAGCAAGAUACAGUUUACCCCUUGGUUUCUAAAGCAGCUGAGAUGGCUUAAUAGAGGUGGAUGCAAAGUUAAGGCUUUGCAAAUCCUCCCCCAGCAUUCCUGUUAUAGAGGUCCUGGAGGUGUGGAAAACAAAUUUGGGUGGUGUGCAUUUUGUUGUAUUGCACCCUUAAAAUGAGAGAGUUUGCAAGCAGGGUAGGAAACAGAAAGCUGCUUAUCACCUUCCAGCAUGCCAGCAUGUAAGGGAUCUUGAGCACUGGCAGGAUGAGGCAAGGAAGAGAGAUUUUAACAGUGUGUUGCCUAUUUGCACUGGUUUUAAAAUAGGAAAAAGAACAGCCAGUGAUAAAAUCUUGUGCAUUUUUAAUUCUGUCAUGCUCUUGAGAAUGUAAAAUAUGUUUGUAGUAUACAGCAGCAUACUUUAUUAUUUGUUGGAUAUAAAACACUAUUUUGAUGAUGUUACUGUCUAAAGAGUCCUGACCCCAUUUCCUACUCUAGCCACUAUUUGGAAGCUGCUUUUUAUUUACAGCAUAAUAAAACUAAACCUUUAGUUACUGAGGCAAGCUGUCUUCUGGUAGUUAGAGUGAAACUGGUCUUUCCAAUGAAUUUCUCCCUCCCUUGUUAAUUCCAAGACUUGGAGUAUAUAAUGCCUGUCCCUCCCCUGUGAAGGAAACUGCAAGAUGUUCAUGCUCAUAGCUGUCUGUUAUACCCAACCAUGGGGGAAAGGACAGGAUGGAAGCCUUGAGAUCUCCUGUAAUAUUUAUGCCCAGCUGAUAUUUCUAGACCACGGCGAGCUAGAGAUUAAUUUGGAGAAUCUCUAGGUGAACAACCUAAGCACUGCCAGCUGAAAAAUAAUAGAAGCUGGGUUUAAAAGCCUGCUUGUUAGCAGUUGCAAUCUUUCCUGCCAGUUUUCCCCUUAAAGCCGUCCACUGGAGUAUUGUUUGGCUCAUCUAUAUUAUGUCACUUAGUUAACGGUUAAUAUUUUUAAAGCAAAUUGGAAGCCCCCGCUUCAGUUUUCUCUCUUUAAGAUGGAACACUGAAGUGUUGUUUGCUGCUUUUUGAGAAGCAACAGUCAAUGAAUCUAGCCGACAUAUUCAGUACAGUUCUAUAUUGUGGUUUUGGCCACUCAUUUUACCUGGAGCCUAAUAAGUUAUCCCUCCAGAUAUUUACUUUGUUUUAUUUCAAAAUUAAUUUUGUAAAUAGCUGAGGCAAAGUCCUGACCCAAAUAGCAAAUGUAAGACUCCUGUAGGAGCAGUACCAAGAUGACUUAAGAGUUUACUUGAUCCACUUAGGUUGGCUUGUAGUAAUACUUGGCAUUUGUCAGUGCAAGGCCUAAAAUGGCCCAGACUGAUUUGCUCCUUCAUGCAGUGUCUCUCACACCUCUCCAUUGCCAGGUACCCUUGGGACAUAGGAUGCAGUAUAGCUAGAUGCUCUCUCCUCCUCUGGAUGAUUUCCUUGGAUGUUUAAGCUGCUUGACCAGAGUCUCAUUUCUCUGUGGACUCUUUACGAAAGAGCAAAAACAUCCCAGGAGUUUGUGGCAGUCUCGUAAGAUUCCCCCCCCCCAAAACCUCGUUUAAGUAUCAUAUUGUACAGUAGCUUUCAAACCAUACAGUAUUCAUUGGGUUACUCUUAUUAUUAUCAAGUAGCUGGAAUUGUGAAGGUCGGAGUAGUUAGAUCUUUAGCUUUUAUUCCUUUUUUUGUAUUACUAUCCAUGUGUAUAAAUUAUUGAUCAUGUUGCUGGCUUUUAUAAACUCUAAGCAAGGGAGGAGCCCUUCCUCACCCUUUGCGAAUGGUAAUGAAGCACUGUUUUUAAAUAAAAGAGAGAAACACAA